AUGACGUUUAUCGGAGUAGACCUCAUAUCAUUCAAGGCGCUCCCCAGCUCCCACAACGUUACAAAUAUCCGCAUCACAAACAUCCCGCCAGGCCUGCAUUUUCUGUACACGGGAACAGAUGCCUCACUGUCCAUUCGGCACGGUCGAUGGCUGAAUUUCACGGCGACCAAGCCGCAAUGGUACGUACUGAGAUGGAACUCCGACGCUGAGAACCUCGACUUGCUAGACCACGAUGACCCAGCGGCACAAGAAGCGAUUCGGUCCCCAUCGACCCGUGGACUGGUUGACUACGCGGCCCUGCAGGAUGCGACCUCAAGCCUCGCUACAAAGGACUCUAGAGAAGCAGGAGAUGGUUCUACACCUCCAUACGAGGAGCGGCGAGCAGAAAGCACAGACUGGCCCGCCCUGACCAGACACAUGUCGCCGACAUUUUUGACCCGCGCUCUCUCCUCAGACAGCCACUGGGUUGUGUCUUCCGUCUCCUCGGCGCCGAGUGACACAGAGUGCAUUCCGGGCCUCUCGCAUCUCGAGGCCUCGGACACGCUGCAACAACACCCACUAAAUCUGCUACCUAUCAAUCUGAAGCAGACCUGGGCGGCCGGCGACAUCGGACGAACGAGGACUGACCGGGCACGAGACAGAAGCUGGUAUCUCUCACAACUCAUUGAGAGCGUAACUCCGGUGAACGGGGACAAAGCAAUCGGAGCAAAGGAAUUGCUGGGCGAACUGCAAUUCUGUUUCCUGAUGGUGCUCACUCUCGCGAACUACAGUUGUCUAGAACAGUGGAAGAGGCUGCUUAAGGUGUUUCUGACGUGCCAGAAUGCGUUGCGUGAGGCGGAAGCGUAUUUCGUCCAAGUCGUCAAGGUUCUGCGUCUGCAGGUCUGGCAUGUGGAAGACGUGGAGGGCGGCUUGUUCGAGAUGAGAGAUGAAGGGGGCAGCGCAUGGCUACGAGCCCUUUGGGGACGAUUCCGAGAUCUAGUUGAUGAGGUAUUUGGAGAUGGAAAUGGGGAGGAGAAGGGAGCAGUAGCAGCAGCAGGUCAAAGUCUGAGGAGGGAAGUUGACGCUUUGCAGAAACUCUUCGAGGAUAGAUACGGAUGGCAGAGUGAGAGGGAUAUUCUAAGGAGAGGCUUGCUGGAAUUAGAGGAUGGUGAAAGGGUCGAGGUUAGUAUGUUGGGAGUAGACGAGGAUGAAGAGACGGGAGAGUAUGCACCUGUUGUAGUCGAGACGUAA